GAGGGAUACCGAGAAAGACGAGUGCCAAAAAAGAAGAAAAGAGGGAUAGUAAUAGCAGCGAUCGAGCUUCACACAGCGAAGUUCAGCACAAAUCUGCAAGCAAAACACCUCAAUCGCAGAAAUUUAUAGAAUUUCGAGAGAGAAAAAGGAAAGGAAAGAAAAAGUAAGAGAGGGCAAGAGAGAGAAACAGAGCGAGGCUUAACCGGAGGAACUUCAAAGAUUGGAACGCAGUUUAGUGAGGUUCGAUUUCUAUGCAAUUCCUUAACCUCUCUAAGGUCAGGGCUCAAUCAAUGCGUAAACCCUUUCAUUCUCCCCAUUACACCUGCAAGCUUUAGACUUUGCUCCUCAUUGUGCUUCGUUCCAUUGCAAUUCGUGUUUUGUUGUUCUGUCGGGACUUAAUUUUGUCCAACUCACUGAUCUUCUCCCCUCAACUUCAAAUUUCGUUUCUGUAAGUUCAAAGCCUUUUGAGUUCGGUCAACCAAUGAGAGUUUGAAGUGGUGCAGUGAUGUGAUGUUAGCUUCGUGCUGUUCGAGACAAGCAUGGUGUUUUCGGACCCGAGUUUGAUGAUUCAAACAUAGGGUUUUGAUUUACCAUGACAUUCAAUUGAUUAAGUUUGAUUUGCAGAAUUUUGUGCUUGGACUUUGCGAGUUCCGCUGUGGUUUGAUCUCUAGGGUUUUGCUGUCGGGAAGAUUAGAUUUGGCUUUGCAUUGUGUGGUCUAUUGGUGCCUGAAUUUGGGAAUUUUUUUCCUUAAGGGCAACUAUUUUCCGGGUUAGAAUUGGAAUUUCCUAUGGGGCUACUUAAUUAGCAUGACUUGUGCAUCUGGUUAUUCUGCCACGCAGAGCUUGGCGCAAUUUACUUGUAUUCAAUGAUAUGGGGGAGGGGAAGUUUAGAGUUCUGUGGAAACAGAAAUGCAACCCCAACAGAGCUCAAGGAUUGAUUUGAUUUAAUUUACUUGUAUUCAAUUUACUUGUGAAUCUUUAAGCAGUGUAUGAAUCUUUCUAUCGAAAAAUGCAACCCCAACAGAGCUCAAGGAUUGAUUUGGGUGAAAUAAAAGCGCAAAUGGUAAAGAGGAUUGGUGGUGAUAAGUCCAAACGGUACUUCUAUUACCUGAACAAGUUUUUGAGUCAGAAGCUGAGCAAGAAUGAAUUUGAUAAGUUCUGUUAUCGGUUACUUGGGAGGGAGAAUCUUCCAUUGCACAAUCAUUUUAUGAGAUCAAUUUUGAAGAAUGCAUGCCAAGCCAAGACAUCUCCUCCAAUACCUCCAUCUGGUCCCCUGAAGUCUGGAACACUUGCAACAACGAUAUCUCCUGGUAGAGAAGAUGGGCAUGAACACAGUAGUUCCAGCUUCCAAAAUCAAAGUCAAAAUGUAUCCAUUUGGUCAAAUGGGGUUUUUCCAGUGUCCCCGCGUAAGAUGAGGUCCGGGAUACGUGAUCGGAAGAAUAGGGAUAGACCCAGUCCCCUUGGACCAAAUGGGAAGGUUGAUUCCAUUUCACACCAGUCCCUAGGUACAGAAGACAGUGGUAGUAAGGUUGAUAUGGAGAAUGGGAUACUUACUCCUCCAUGUGAUUACCAAAGACCAGUACAGCAACUUCAAGCAGUUGCUGAGUUGCCUGAAAGUGAAAGGCGGGAUGCAGUCGAGCGUUUGGCUGAAAAAGCAAGAGUUCAUGGUAAAGGGCUGCCCGAGUUAUCAGUUGUUGAAGAUGGGGAAGAAGUAGAGCAGUCAACCCACUUAUCUAGACGUCCCUUGCUAGCACCACUUGGAAUUCCGUACCACCCAGCAAGUGAGGGUGGAGCACGCAGAGCCUUGCCUGUGGUUAGCAUGGGUGAUUUUCUUAGUUGUUAUGAUAGUGGCUGGUUGUCUGACACAGAAACACUGAGAAGGCGCAUGGAGCAGAUUACCACAGUACAAGGUCUUGGAGGUGUUUCCAUGGAAUGCGCUAAUAUGUUGAAUAAUAUGCUGGAUGUGUAUUUGAAGCGUCUAAUUAGGUCAUGUGUUGGCUUAGUGGAAGCUAGAUCAGCAAACGAGCCAAGGAAGACCUCUUCCCUGAAACAGCAGAUUCAGGGUAAGGUCAUCAAUGGCCUGUGGCCAAGUAAUAAUUUACAUGUGCAGAGUGCUGGUGGAUCAACAGAACCCAUGCUUGAUCGCAGACCGCCAUGCUUGGUAUCUCCUGUAGAUUUUAAAGUUGCCAUGGAGUUAAAUCCACAGCAACUAGGAGAAGAUUGGCCGUUGCUAUUGGAGAAAAUUUCUAUGCACACGUUCGAGGAAUAACACUUAUAAGAUUUGUCUUUCUAGGCCAAAGUUGGGUCAAUUUCUUCUGGUUCGACAAUGAUAGGUGAUCAUCAGCAUUCUCAUUCGUGUUCUCAUUGCCAGGAUGAACCAGAUGACUGCAAAGUUCUGUCUCUUCCAGGUUAAAAUACUGGGCUUGAGCUCUAUUUUGCCUUGUCUUUGCUAUUUGUAGGGCCUGGAUGGAUCAGAAAUUUAUUUAACUGUAACCAGGGGUACCAACAAAGAGCCCAUAUUGGUUACACUGUUGUAUGUUUAGCAUUGGUGUUGGCUUUUGUUUGCCAUCCCCAGAGAUAUCGAGCUUUUUGUUUACUCUAAAGUUGAUGAGAAGGAAAAGUAAGAAAGUUUUGCAGAGUUACUUUUGUGGCUGGGAUCAGGGAAAUUCUCACAUGUAUAAGAGCUGCAAAGUUGCUGUGUAUGUAUUUUUAGAAUCUAAGGAUUGUUUGAAACUCGAUAUCAAUAACACAUUAACAUAUAUUAAAAUUGCCUCGAUGAUUUGAUUUUUUAUGUUUGAAAUAUAUGAUUGCA